AUGUCUUCAUCAAAUGAUAUCAAUAUGGAAGAAAUACCUUUGGAAGAUGAUGAGCGAGACAGCAUUGAAUACAGGAUCCUAAUGGCGUAUGCCCAGCGGCGGUUGUCUGCCAAUAAAUAUGGGAAAUUUCUAAGAAAGGAAGCUAAUGUGCAGAAAUCCUUGUCCUUAAUCAGGAGAGAAGUGGAGACUGAAUAUCAAGACAAUAAAGAUGGGCCAAGCCAGAUAAAGAUUUUGCCUGCUGAGAAAUCAGAUGAGAAGACAAAUGUUGACCACAUUGCAGACAGGCUGGCCAAGCUUGUUACUUCCAGAUCUCAGCCGUCUCCUUCAGAUGUGUCAUUGAAGCAGCUUUAUAACCAGGGUCCACAGCGACAAGGUAGAAAUGCUACUGGUGGAAGUCAGGAUGAAGAAAAUGAUGAAGACAAUAUAAUACAUACAAUAGUUGCACUGUUAGCACAAUCCGGGGAUCAACUAGAAGAAAAGAUCAAAAAGGACAAGUCUUUCUAUCAGUAUUUGAUAAAUAGGCUCUCCUACACCUUCUUUGAGAGGCUCAUUGAUCUAACCCUGACAGCUGUCUCAGCAGACUCAACCAGCGAGACAGAAGGCCAAGCACAGUGCACCAAAGCUGCCUUUGCACUGGAAGUUGCCACCAGACUUACUGCUGUGGACAGCCAUCCCAUGAACAUGGUCCUGGGCUUUGGAGUAAAGUACCUCAGGGAACACUUCACACCUUGGAUUCGGCACGAGGGUGGCUGGGAGAAGGCUCUAACUUUGCUGGAUCAGGAAGAAAUUGAAUAA